CAUUGGAAUUUGUACUUUCACUGUAUUUCAGGUUUUGGGAGCUAUUACUUUAAUAGAACAUAUUAUCUCUCAGUCACCUAUUCUAAUACUUUAUCAUCAACAUGAUCAUCAUUAUUCAUUAAUGGCAUGCUUUAAGCUACGUUCACAUCAAGCCCGGAUUCCGGUCCGGAGUCCGGAGAAAAAAUCGUGAGAAAUGGCUUCAGUGGUAAAGAAUAGAAGCGUUCACAUCAGAACUGACCGGAUCCGGUACAGAUUUGCUCAGGAGUUCGGAUUCGGAGGAAUGGCUUUGAAAGCCAUCGGAAAAAAAAAAUCGUACGUUUUUUUUAUUCUGACCAAUCAGCAGCAAGCGCCAUUUGACCUCUUGAAAACUUGAUAGCCAAACUUUUUACGCUUGUUGUGGAUGAGCGGAUCGAUCGGCACGAGAAAUGGAACAAGACAAUAAAAUGGAAAACCUAAUUAUCGAGGUGGAGAACAAUCCACUUUUAUAUAAUUUGGCUGAUAAAAGCUACAAAGAUACCAGGAAGAAGUUAGAUGUGUGGGAAGAGAUAGCCCAGAAGGUUGGCAUAGAGUCAGGUGAAAUUGCCUCAAAAAAAUUUCACAACAUCAAAGAUGCCUAUGUGGCGUACUUAAGUAAAUUAAAAGUACGGAGUGGUCAAGGACUACAAGGCAAGAUUCGGAAGUACAAAUGGGCAGAUCAACUGCAGUUCUUAAAUGCCUUUGUGACUACAAGGAGCACUGGAAAUUUGCCAUCUACUGCAGAUGAUAAAUCUAGCACACUACUACUAAACACUAUUCUUGAAGGUGUUGUAAACACUGAAGAUGAUGAUAAUGAAAAUGAUGAAGCGGGUGCAUCAACGGCCAAUAUUGAGCUUGGUGGUAUGUCAUCACAAAUAAAAAGGAAGAAAGUUAAGAAUGAUGAAGUGAAUUCAGCCAUAAUUGACUAUCUUGCCUCCAAAUCUGUGUCUAGUAAUGAGAAGGAUGGAUUAUCAUGUUUCUUUGAGUCAACAUUAAAAACAGUUAGGGCUUUUCCAAAAAUCAAACAAAUUGAAAUUAAAAAAAUUAUCAGCAAUGCUGUUAUAAACAUUGAAGAGGAGCUAGCGCUCAGUGAGGAGUAAGGCAAUACAGGCCCUUGAUGUAUUGCAACACAGAUUAAUUUUGUAAACAGGAAAUCCUCCCUCCUCGAUGAUUUAAACAGCAAAAGCACUGAUAAUUUUUUAAUCACUAUAUUCAAUAGUCCAUUUUACUGUGCACAUUAAUAUUUUGAGUACAUUUAUAUACUUAAAUACAAUACAUAAAAUAGAUAAGGUGUUGUUAUGAAAUAAGUCAAGUUGUAUGCCAGGUCAAAUUGAGAUACUGUAUUCACAAAAUUAUACUGAACUGUUUCUUUUUAAUGAGAUUUUACCGGGUUUAAAAAUUUUAAUAAUUAAUUACACAAUAGCAAACAUUCUGUAAUUACUGUAUAGUAAUUACAUAGUACAUUUAUAUACUGAAAUACAAUACAUAAAAUAGAUAAGGUGUUGUUAUGAAAUAAGUCAAGUUGUAGGCCAGGUCAAAUUGAGAUACUGUAUUCACAAAAUUAUACUGAACUGUUUCUUUUUAAUGAGAAUUUACCGGGUUUAAAAAUUUUAAUAAUUAAUUACACAAUAGCAAACAUUCUGUAAUUAAUGUAUAGGCUUAUCUUGAAACUGGGAUUGAGGCAUAUUUUUAUGGCAGAUUUUUAAAAUGUACCUAAGGAAACAUGCAAGAAGAAACAUUUAUAUUUUUCGUACAACAAGGCAUUUUAUAACAACACACAUAGCUUUAUAAAAUGCAAUGACAGGUUUAACUGUUGUUUACUUGGCAUGGCCAAAACAUGCAGAGUUUUGCCAUGAUACUCUCCCAAUCUCAGAAUUGAACCAUCUUGAAAAUUUUUCUCUGACAUCAAUGGCAUCCCUUCCACUAUGAUAUCCUCUGUACUCCAAAUUGAGCAGACCAUUUUGCUCAGUAAUAGGUUCCUCCUCCAGAUCAGGAUUAAAUCCUGCAUUACUUGAGUUGGUUUUCCGGAUAAAGUUGUGUAGGACACAUGUGCAUAGUACAACCUUAUCGAUGUUUUCAGGUUUUAAUUCUAACUUUCGGUGGUACAUCCUGAAUUUGUUCGCUAGAAUGCCGAAAGCAUUUUCUGAUAUCCUCCUUGCUCGGCUGUGCCGGUAAUUGUACACACGAUGCUCCUUCAUCAAAUUCUUUCCUAAAAAAAUACAAAGUGAAAUUACUGUACAUCAGGAAAAAAAAAAGCUGUUACCCUGUUUUAUUCAACUUAAAAGUUAUUUUUAAAUCCAUAAAAUUUAUAAAACAUUUGCCUAAAACACAUUUUUAAAUAAACACGCCAUUAAAAUUUGGCUGACUUAUUUACCUACCUGGAAAUGGCCUCAUUAGGUUGUUUUUCAGAGGGAAUGCCUCAUCUCCUACAAUAACGUGGGGCACAAGUCCCAGAUCUGGCAUUCCUGGCAAUUCUUUUGGUGGUGGAAUCCCAAGUGAAUUUGACUCGAGGGCUAAUUUUAAAUUCAUUCUUGAAAAGAUUCCACCAUCACUACUCGAACCGUAGUUGCCAACAUCAACAAAAAUAAAAUUGUAGUUUGGGUCAACCACUGCCAUAAGUACAACUGAAUAGGUUCCCUUAUAGUUGUAAAAAAGGGAACCCGAGUUGUCUGGUGCUUUAAUCACCACAUGUUUUCCAUCAAUUGCACCCACACAAUUUGGAAAAUUCCAUCUUUCCUUGAAUGUAGAUGAAAUGUCGGCCCAUUCCUUUUUACUUCGUAGUGCCAUAUAAAGUGGCUGGAGCCUAAGCCAUAUUGCUUCAGCGACCUCAACAACAAUUGCACUAAUUGUAGAUUUUCCAACCCGAAAGUUGUAGUUCAGAGAUGCAUAACUGUCUC